CCUAGCACACGCAUAUGACUCCCCACCCUCUCCUCUUUCUCUCUCUCUUUCUUUCUCUCUUUCUUUCGUCCUCCUCUGCUCAACAAGACCAUCGUCUGCUUCUCUCCUUCAUUCUCUAUCUUCCUCUAGGGUUUUUGUCUCUUUAACAUUUUUAAGCUCCACUUAAAAGUCUGCACAUAUCUGUACAUGUAUAUAUAGGUUCUUAUUUUAAUGGCAACAGCUCCUGUUAAGCCGCAGCCGCUGCAUAACUUCCCACUCUCCCUAAAAUGGGGCCAGACCACUACACUCGCUGCCUCCACCAACCACCACCACCAUCGUAGCACGUCUACACUUGCACCUGACUCGGAAACUGAAUCAGACCCCGAACAAGCAACAAUCCGGCAUCUUCCUCCUCCUCGCGUCGGAUCCCGCUCUGCUCGUUUACAUCGGUACUCUUUUACCUCUUGCUCUACUCUUUUGCCAAAGCCUAAAAAUCCAUCGACAGAAGACCUGCAGAAACAGACGGCUUUAUCGGAAACGGAAGUCGCAGAAAAGCAGCAGAAAAAAGGCUUGGUUUUGGAAAACCACCACGAAGUUGACGCUGAAGAAGAAGAAGAGGAAGAGGAGAAACGAAAACAAGAAGAGGAAGAAGGGAAUUCGAGGCCAUGGAAAUUGAGGCCUAGAAGAGGGAUUUUGGGUGGUAGGAAUGGAGGAGAAUUGAAAGAAUCGGUGGUGCAGGGUAAUGAGCAGAGGGAGAGAGAAAAUACGCCGCAGCCUCAGCCGAAAUCGAUGAGGUUAAGAGGAUUGGUAGAGUCUGCAGGGGGAAGCGGUGGAGUUUGUUUGGAGAAGAAGGAGAAGAGGAAGUUCUGGAUAGCUUUGUCCAGAGAAGAGAUUGAAGAGGAUAUUUUCGCUUUGACUGGGUCUAGGCCUGCUAGACGGCCCAAGAAACGACCAAAGAACGUACAGAAAGCACUUGAUAAUGUUUUUCCUGGAUUGUGGUUGGUGGGAACUACAGCUGAUUCUUAUAGAGUCGCCGAUCCUCCGGUCAAGAGGUAAAUAUUAAAUAUGGGUCAUCAUAUAUUUUGUGGGUUUGGUGGAACGCUUGAUGUGAUUGGAAGAGUUGCUCCUACAAUAUUGAGGCCUCAAUUUGAGGUACAACCAGUGAGUUCUGUAAAAAUGAAGUGGAGGUAACUCGAAUAGAAGGAAAACGGAAAUGAUAUCUAAUUUACAUGUCAUCAUUUUGUAUUUUGCUUCUCUGGGAUAUGACUCAGGGCCAUAGUUUAUUCUGCUUUUUAGUGGUAGUUCUAAGAUGUAAAAGUAAAACAUUGACAGAAGGACUCGUGAAUAGAGAAUUUCAUUGCCUCUCAUUCUUAGUAACUUGUGUCAAAUUGUUUUGA